AUGUCGCUUCCCCAAAUCCGUGAAAGCAUCGUGCUCCACCAGCGCCCACAUUCAAUCGAACAGCCAGAUAACACACAUCUGGAAUCUCUCUCCGGCUUUCAAGAUUAUACAUACCGGCUGGGAGGUCCUGACGCGGCCCAGCAGUCCGACGAGGCCUCGCUGUCCGAAAAUCCACUACAUACUUCGGAACUUGGAUUACGCCGGGAGGAUGAGGCAGAGUUGUCAAUCGAGGGCGGAUGGCAGGCCUACAGGAUCCUGCUCGGUGCUUUCUGUGCUCUACUACCCAGCUCCGGUUUGCUGAACAGUACUGGCACUUUCCAGGCCUAUGUAACCAACAACCAACUUAAGGACCACUCCAGCCAGCAGAUUGGGUGGAUCUUCUCGUUAUUCAUGUUUCUGAUGGUGUUUGGGGGCGUGCUGGUAGGACCGGUAUUCGAUGCCUACGGGCUCAGGCCCCUCCUUAUACCUGGCUUCCUCGGUUUCGUCGGAGCGCUAAUGGCAUUCUCCGUAAGCGCCGAAUACUACCAGUUCUUACUUAGUUUCGGCGUGCUUGGCGGACUCUCCGCGUCUAUGCUAUGGACUACAAGCCUCGCCACCGUCGGUCACUGGUUCUUUCGUCGGCGAGGAAUGGCAACCGCAAUAAUUACCACGGCCGGUCCAGUCGGCGGUAUCAUCUUCCCGAUCCUCUUUGAGAAGCUGGUCCCUCUUAUCGGAUUUCCAUGGACGGUGCGCGUGAUCAGUUUUAUUUCUCUGGGUCUCGGAAUCGUUGCGACUAUACUAAUGAAAACUCGUCUUCCGCCAUCGCAUACCGUCAAGUAUAAAAUAAAUCUCCAGUCUUUCAAGGACCGCCGCUUUCUCAUCACAAUCCUAGCACUUUAUGCCAUCGACCUUUCCUGCAUGAUCCCACCAUCCUACAUUACGACCUAUGCCCUCGCUCACGGCGUUCCAAACGCGCUGAGCUACCAACUUGUGGCUCUCUUGAACGCUGCCCAAGUCCUGGGCCGCACAGUACCCGGCUGGAUCGCAGACCGCUGGGGCAGGUUUAACACUAUGGUCCUGAGCAGCCUGCCGUGCGCUGUCGUCAUUCUCGCGCUUUGGCUUAGAGCUGACAGCACUGGCUCUAUCGUCGCCUUCGCUGUGCUGUUCGGACUGCUCAGCGGAACGGCUCAUAGUCUAACUCCUGUUUGUAUAAGCCAGCUUUGCGCAACGGACGAGUAUGCGAGCAAGUACGGUACGGCGUAUCUGUUUGUGAGCAGUGCAACAUUGAUCGGUAUCCCGAUCUCUGGAGCUAUCUUAGGAGAGAAGCAGGACUUCAGCAGGCUUAUCUGGUUCUGUGGCGCUUUCUACCUAGCAAGUGCAGCGCUCUUCGGUGUUGCUAGGGUGGCUGGUGCUGGGUGGAAGGUCAGAAAAAUCUACUAA